CCCCGUCAGCGCCGUCAGCCGGCCAGCGGCGUGUCGCGGAGGGGGAGCCGCUCUGCCCGGGACGAGUGAAAAGUGUGUAGACAUCGCCUCAAGAAUCGUCCGAGCCCUCGGCCCUCGGAGCUGCGGCUGUGAAACAGAGACUUUGUGAAGUGAUUGGCGAUUUGCAAGUGAGAACAUGGAUCGAAACCAACAAUCUUAACUGCAGAACGGGAUUCACGCCAGAGCAUCCAAAACAUGCGCCUUCCCGCCGGAGUCGGCCCGCUGCUGUGUCCGUCCCCGCAGUCCCUGCAGUCCCUGCUCUGCGUGCUGCUGGCCCUGGCGGCGCUCACCACCACGCCGACGCCCGCCGACGGCCUGCAGCAAGGCCUGCAGCAAGGCCUGCAGCACGACGCGCCGCCGCAGCACGGCCAGCACGGCCAGCACGGCCUGCAGGGGCUGCGGGGCGCCCUGAGAACGGCGCUGUCCCCGGAGCGGCAAGGACUCCGUCCUGGCGGGGGACCCGGAGGGCUGUCCUCGUCCUUGGUGCCCGUCCCCGCGCUGCUCGAGAGGCCCGACCGGCUGUUCGACCCCACGCCCGGCGACCUCAACGCCACCCUGCUCCGCGCCCGCCUGGGCCGCCACUUCGACCCCCGCGUCAUGAGCGUGCAGAGGCCGUCCCGGGCACAGCGGCGCCAGCACAAAAUCAGGUACACCAACUUGCUGGACUCGGACGACUCGGCGCUGCUGGACGACGACCAGGUGGAGCUGGACGAGGACUCGCCGUUCCGGCGCAACCCGCGCGGCCGCCUGGUGCCCGCCGGCGUGAUGCCCGAGUCCAUCGCCUCACUGGACCUGCGCGGCGUGCGGCUGCCCGACGGCUCGCGGCUGCGGACGCGCAUCCCGGCGCGGCUGCGGCGCAAGCUGCAGCACUUCUUGUGGGCGUACACGGCGUGCCCCGUGCAGCGCCGCUGGCGCGACCUGGGCGUGCGCUUCUGGCCGCGCUGGCUCAAGGAGGGCCGCUGCCCCGAGACGCCCUGCUCCAUCCCCGCGGGCAUGCACUGCAAGCCGUCGGCCAGCCGCCACCAGCUGCUGCUGCGGUGGCACUGCCGCCCGCUGCCCACCCUCGUCCUGCAGCACGCGCAGCACGACCUCGAGGACCGCGACGAGGCCGGCGCCGCCGCGCCCACGCAAGACCUCGAGCAGCAGGCCGCGCGCCACUGCGCCUGGAUCAAGGUGGAGUACCCCGUCAUCACGGAGUGCUCGUGCGGCUGCGCCGAGGACCGGUACUCGUAGCCCCCAGCCCUGCGCCAGGGCACGGCACGCACGGCACGCACGGCCUCGAACGCGAGCAGCAGAGACGUGGAGGGACUCGACGGCCUAGACGGCCUCGGCUCGGAGCCCCUCCCUUCGCUAGUCAUCCCUCCCUCUGGCAGGGUCGCGACGUCCUCGUCAACGUGGUGCCGGCCUGCGUGGACCUUAUUGGAAGGGACGGGGUGAAAAAGACAGGUGUGAGUGCGAGUGAGUGAGCGUAUGUGUGUGUGAAAGAGCGUGUGUGUGUGUGUGUGCGUGGAAGGGAGAAAUAAGAGGAAGAUAGAGAGCGUUCACGUGUUUUAUACGACGCGUGAACAGACUGUUCAAUUUGUUUGUCCAUUCGUUAGUGUUUUGGUUUCCAGUGAAAAAAAAGGGGCGGCUUUGCAGCAUUCCUUCGUCUUGUAAGAAUCUUGUACAUUUAGUUAUUAACUUUUGAACUGUUUCUUUAUUAUUUAUUACGGUCAGUGUUUGUGUAACGUGAUCUAUUUAUGCGUGCUCUCGUUUCUUGUGGCUGUUUGAUUCCUGACGACAUAGACUGAUUCCUAACCGUGCCGCACACUAAAUUGCAGCGCUUACCUUCUUUAAUUUGUUUUCUCUUUCGGUAAACGAUGAGUAACAGAUUCUCUGCGGUGUCCCUCAUCAACUCAACAGAGGAAACUUUAAAUUCGUUUGCGAAAAUGUAUCCACUGUUCCAAAUAUAAGUAUGCAUUAUUAUGCUGCGAUUGGAAGAGAUUUUGACACGCCGUUUUGUUAGAAAAAUAAAAUAGCAGAACUACAGAAAUCAUA